UAUUUUAAGACUUAUAAUCCCUAAUCGAGACUUCCUUCAAAGGCUUAGCUCGAGACUUUCAUGUUUUAAAUUUAGACAUUAGAGACUCUCAACUUAAGAAAUCGGGCUUUAAGUUAAGACUUUCGAAAAUUUAAUGCAAGGAUUUUCGACAGCUGAGAAUACUUUUAUUUUCGGUGCGUUUCACUAAAGCCCGGCUGCACUACUUAUUAGUUAGACUUGAAAAUACUGCCCAAAAAUUCGGGUCAGACCUUCAUCAAUUUAUCUCGUUUCACCACUUCGUUACUGAUUAAUUUAUUUAUGUUUGUUGGAAAAAAAAAUUAAUGAAGAAUGGAAGCAUUUGUGAUGGCUGUCCCCUGUACUCCAGGUACUCAUACCAUCCCAGUACCUCUCAAAAUAUGUUUCUACCAGCAAUAUGAUAAAUUUUGUGGAGUGCUGUCAGUGGCAUUGAUAUUAACAAUAAAACCACCAGUUUAAAGGUCAGAUAUUGGCGAUAGUUAACCCUACGAUAGGAAGAAAUAUGGCCCUGCCCAGUUUUCCUUCCAAUCAAGCUAAUGUUCCGAUAAUUGGCAGAAUGUACCUGAGUACCAGAUCAAUUCACCGGGAUAAAAAAAAACGAGCUGAGUAGCGACCCAGAUUCUUCACCAGUGGUAUUCUUCAAUUCGUUGCUUUUCCACUGCUCCUGUUGUUCACCGAUGCCUGACAAAAACCAGGGUAUCGUGUCAUUAACAUCAUCAGUGCAGCAAGAAGCGUGAAGACAAUUGAAUCAACAGCUCCCCCUCCCAACCCCAAUAAUAAAAGAAAUAAUAAUAUCGUAGUGUCUUGUCGAUUGAGUUGUGGAGUAAAAUCAGUGGAUAACAUCGAAGAAAAAAAAAAAAUUAUUUCCGUAUUUUUGCGGAAUUUCCUGUAUUUAUGAAUAAUAGAGUCGUUAGGUUGUACAUAAUGUUGAACAUGAGCCGCAGUCUCGUCGGCGAGUGGUGGUGGCCGUCGGUGAAUCGUCGGUCAGUCAGAACCACCUGAAACGGUCAAGCGGGUGCCUCAGAACGGCCAGUACGUCUGACCAAGUUGGGUGGACGGGACUGAAACCACUCAUUCCUCAUCAACCACAUCAUUCACAAAAAUUCGGUGACAGUAGUUCUGUCCACGGAGAGACAUUUAUUUUUUUACCAUCACCGACAUGAUUAAUUAAUUAAUUAAAGUGAGAUAUUUCUAAUAAAUGAAAAAAUUUAAUGAUCUAUGGUGCGUUACAGUGUACUAGUGAAACAGGUACGUAAUGUCUAAAAAUAAAAUAAUGAAGAGGAGAAAAUGAGGUGUUGGGGGGAUUUUUUAGCUACGAUAAAUUUUUAUUUAAUGCAAAAUGUUAAUUAUGUGACACCACUGUUGCUGCUAUAAAUAUUCGUGGAAAGUACAGAAUGACAACAAAGUCACGGAGAAAUCGCACGAGACCGGAGACAGACGUGGGCUUCCGGUUGCUAGAUAGUGCCAACAUCAACGACUACUAUUUAAGUGUAGUUAAUUAUGAACCACCCGAACCACCCAGGGCACCUGAGCCAUACAAACUUGCCUCAUCCACGAUGGCACGUGCACAUAGAAAAUCGAGUUUUGUUAUACUCGCUGAGACUGAAGAGGGUGAGGAUAAAUCGCCGAGUGAUUCACCGAUUCAUGGGGGACACACGAGAUCGGGAAGAUCUAGGAGUCCGUUGUCACCGAGCAGGGGCAUCAGGACUGGAAGGGCUUCGCCGUUCAGGCCCAGGGGAUUCAAAGGGCCACCACCACACGCUCAAUCGAGACCUCCAACACCACCAGCCCCCACACGACGGAGGAGAUUCGUUCAACCAAAAUCACUUUCACAAGGCAACAGUCCACGAAAACAAUCGCUGAUUCCCCAGCCACGUGGUGGCCUAACAACAAUCAAGCCGAAAACCCAAAAGCCAGAACGAGAACGAUGGGAGCGUCGAGGAAGUAGAAAGUUCACUCACCUCCCUCGAACGAGUUCCCUGAAGACACCGCAGCCAGUGAAACGUCCCCUCAUCGAGUCGGUCCACCCGACGAAGGAGAAGGUCCCCAGGGCGAUGACGAAGUUGCCGAAGCAGGCGAUCAAGUCCCCAACGAAGAUCCCCAUCCGCACCCCAACCAGUUCCAUUCCCAAUCGAUUCGUGAAGAUGUCCAACGAUCACAAUUCAAAAAUUAAGAACUCGGAGGCACCUCCAGUGUCUCAUCCCCAUCAGUUACCACCUGAUGUCCCACCAUCGACCACCAGCACGGGGAAUCCAGACUCGUCGCCCCUCGUCACCGACGAUUCAGUGGUGAUGGGACGUCUCUCAGGACACAGCGACGACAGCAUCAGCGGCGCCAGGAACGAGGAGGAGUUGGGGCUGGUGGACCUGUUGAAACAGUCGUCUGGGGCGAGUGGUACGUCGAGUGUUGUCAAUGCCACGACGGCGACGGCUGUCCAGCCCCUGAGGAUCGACGCAGCGUCGGUUGUCCCUGAGCCCCAGGUCAUCACUGAGAGGAAGACUCCAGUUGUCCUGCCGCCAGUGGUCAACUCCCCGAGGAAGGAGAGCCCCUCGUUGGAGGAGAGGAGGGACGUGGAGAGACAGACUGUCACUGCCGUGGCUUCAGUGGAGCCAGUGAAGGAGGAAUCGAUCCCCCAGGUCCAGCCGUCGAGGCCCAAACCGACGACCUCCAGGGACGAGGUCAAACUCGAUAGAGACGAGGCGAGGAAUAAUCCAGUCGAGGUCGAGGCCUUGCGGCCCUCCAACAUCCAGGAUACCAAGGCCGUGAUCGAUGAGACCCAGAGGACGAGGGCUGGGGCGAAGGCCCAGGUGGCCAAGCCCCAGUCCAACAGGACCAGUCCACGCAGCGCCGGAGGGGGCGCCAGGCCACAUGGGGAGAGAGAGACUGAUGGGGAUGAUGUCCAGGUGUCCACGACUGCUGAUAAUAAAUUGAGAAAUCAUGGCAGCGAGGCGUCCUUGAAAUCAUCAAAGUCCAAUGGACUUUCCACUGGAUCGGUGGAGAGCAUUCGAUCCACCGACACUGGCGUCAGCUUGAAUACCGUCAGGGGGGUGCAUGGGGUGUCUUCGGCGAGGGAGAAGAGGGGAACGCAUAUGGUGAAGAGAACUGAUGAGAUUGAAACACUCAGUGGGAAUGUGAUGCAUCUGGAGAGGGAGAGGAGGGCUGAGAAUGGAGAACCUGCUAUUGUGGAGACAAGUGGACCAGUGAUGACUGGCCAACAGGAGAAACUCACGAGGGUGGGACGGUUGAGGAAAUGGAGGAGUUCGAUGAUUGAGCGGUGGAGGCAGCGCUUGAGGGCAUCCAAAAUUGGAUGUCUUGGGGGGCGCAAGGGAAAGGUCAAACAGCAGAACCUGGAAAGCAAUUUGGGACGAAGUGAAGGCAACAAUCCAGGGGGUAAUGAGAUCACCAGGUGUGCUAGGUUUAGGGCAACUUUUUGCAGGGGCCUCAGGUGGGGCAGGAAAGUGGCGCCUUCAGAGUCCAACAGUUGCUGUCGACCUGAGGGGACUUGUGGAUUUUUGUGCUAUUGCAAUUGGUGCAGACUGCCAAGCUGCGAUUGCUGUCGAUGUUGCCACUGCUGCAGGCGAAACAGUGACGCUGAACGAACAAAAAAUAUACGUGCCAAACACAGUCUGACCAGUGUUGCACCUCCACCACUUUCUGAGGCGCAGAAGUCUAAGCUUCCGGAAGUCCUUGUGGAGCACAGCUCAGUGAUGCGAGGGGCAAUUCCGUGUCUUCCGGUGCCACUAGCAUGGUUCUGCCUCGUUUGGAAUGUUCUCUUACCAGGAACUGGUACUGUUUGGAGUGGUCUGUUCAACCUGUGCGCCGGACAACCUCGAUUUGCCCAGACUGCCAGUGGUAAAAGUCGAUUCGGCGCUCUGAUUGUCAACAUCAUAGUGGGAGCUAGCCAAGCUUUUACCGUGUUGUUUUGCCUGGUCGGCUGGGGGUGGAGCAUCUGGUGGGCUGUCACUAUGAUUCGCUUAGCGAGAAAGUGGAAACGAUUCAAAGCCGCUGAGGCGACCAAUGGUGAUCCGGAGGCUCGUGGUCCAGAGGGUGUUUUACCUGCACCUGGUGUACCCACUCACGCACUCAGGGGCGUGGAAAGGGCUCGCUAAAGCCCGAAAACAACAAAACAACAGAACAGAAAAGUUCACACUUCUUCCGUCAAGCUGUUUCUGUGCUUUUUUACGUGAAUAUAUUUCUGUCGUGAAAUGGUGAAAGGAGAUUCAUUCCCAAAAUUGUUUAUUAAAAAUCGAUAAUGCUUUUAUACGAAAUCGAGCACGAAUAUGAUUGUAGUAGUCAUGGGGGUGAGUGGAGUAAACUGAAACGUCUUCAAAGAAUAAUAAUUCAGAAACCGUAGAGGGAAAUCGAAUGAUUCUCUUUUUUUUUCAAAGCUUACAAACAGAACUUCAAACUGAAAGAAAAAUCGUCCAUUUUCCCUCUACCAAUACCAAGGCGUCGAUGAUUGGCGACGGUCCAUUUUACAGGAUUUUUGUCUAACUGAAAAUCUCAAAAUUAAAUUAAUCCCCUUUUAUGUCGCAUCGUACUAUAAGUUUCAUUGGUGGCACGGUGUGACGUAAAAUGGGGUACACCACUUGAACAUAAGUUUCGUUUGCUGCGAAUGUGAAGACAAAACUUUACUUUCGGGGAAAAUAACAUUUUUCCUCUAGCGUUUUCAAAGGGACGAACUCACGGAAGUCAUGUUUAAUAUCUGAAAAUAUAAAAACAACUGUAAUGUCACACAAAGUCCCUACUUGCGCCGAAAAGUUGCCUGAAAGUCCUCCCAGAGAUAAAAAUUACCAUUUUGAUAACUUGGUCAUUUCUUUGUGGUUUUGUAAGGACUUCGAGACGCCUUUUCGACGUCAAUCAAUUUUUUACGUGGAGAUUUGACAAUUGUUUCGAUAUUUAGAGAGCGACAACAGCAGUUCUGUUAAUGGUUUUAUCCAUAAAAAAAAACAUUCCAAAACAAUUUUUAUUUUUAGGAAAGAGGAUUGGAAAAUGCUGUUGAAUGCUAUUCUGUGCUCUUUGAAAGUUCCCAUGAAAAAGAUCUUUCAUUUUUCAUUCCCUCAUUUUCACGGUAUUUUCAAAAUAAUGUCAGAGAUGAAGUGGUGAAACGUAAAACGGCAAUUCAACUUUUCGCAUUUCGUUGGAGAUUGAAUUAUCUCCAUAAAACGUGAUCGGAAAAUGUCAAGAAGUAGCUUUUGUUGGGAAUUUUAUCAUCCCCAGCAAAAUUACCUUAACAUACUCCUCGCUAUGGCAGGUUCCCCAUGAAUUUUUAUUGUUCAAUUGAAAAAUUCAGUGAGAACUACCAAAGGAAUAUUUUAGAAUAUGAGACAAUGUCUGGAAUUUUAACUAAAUCCCCACUAUUUUGUUACAUAACUUCUUGAUUUUACAAAACCAAAAAAAAGAAAAAAUAUUUUUCCCUCGAGCAUUCGUAGAGAAAAGUAGGACAAGAUGGGCACUUAAAAAUUUGUUUUUCAAUGUUCAAACAUCUGUACCGUAUUUACCCGUUGAGAUGCCGAAGAAAAACAAUUUUACGUUCUAAAAAAAAAAUCCAUUCAAUCGAGCACUGAAUGAGCAAUUAACAUAUCAAAGAGUGAAAAGCCUUCGCUUUGUCCCACUUGUCCACAUUUCCUGGCUAAAAAAUCCUCAUCACAACCUAAUUUUCUCAUUCUCGAAAUAAAUGCAAACUUAAGGGAAUUGGAUCUGAUAAAAUUAUCAACUGAUCUAAAUAAGCCUGUCCUCGUUCAAACCUUUAAAUAAAAUCUCCAUUCCCAAAUAAUUCAUGAACGUAUCUCAUCUCACCACUUCACGAUUAAUUCGUUGCUUUCAGUGAAAGCAUCUCCUGUAAAUAAGCAAAGUGCCCUUGACUUUUUUUUACAAUAAUCUCAACAAAGAAAAAAAAGUAAAAAAAAAAACAAACACACGCUUGAUAUUAUCAUUUCCUAGUGAAUGAAGAAUGAUGUAUCGUGUAGGUAAAUCUUGUAAAUAUUUGUUAAAAAAAGGAAUAAAAGACAAAUUGAAUAAAUUCAGUUGCAGUUAUCGAGAAAAAAAAAACUCUUGAGUAUGAAUAAUCAUUCCUGUUGGUUAUCAUGUGGGUGUCAAUUAACGAAUAUUAAGAGUAUGUAUUACAUGUUUAAUGAUGUGAUUUUUCUCCAUCAUGUUAAUUAUGCACAAGUAUAUAUUGUUAAUAUAAUAUGAAUGUUACAGUGUAUAUGUUGGUACGGUUGCAUGUUCAUAGUACUGAUUAUAUAGUUUUUUUUUAAACUUAUUGUUUAGAUACACAAGAAUAAUAGUUGUUCACUAGUCGCUAGCAGCUAAAGCUUCAUUUGCAUUUCGUCCUUUAUUAUUUGUUUUCACUUCUGUUGUUUAUCCCUUGGCUAUUUCAUAAUUUUGUUGAGUGUCACUGUCACUGUGUAAAUGUCCCUUCCAUCGUCGAUAUUUAAUUAAAUAUUUGGCGAGUGAGUGUAACGAGUGGUUAAUAAAUGCCAGAUGAAUAAUCACAUAAACGUAUUAAUUCGUAAAUAAUAAACAAAUGUGAAUAAAUCAAAU